AAGAGGUAUAUCGUCAAAAAAUCAACUUACCGACUGCAAUUGAUGAUAACAACUUAUCGACUAUACUCGGAUGAUAAUCAAGAAUAUAUGUAAAUAAUUUAAUCACACAAUGAGAAUUAAAACAAAUAAAAUAGCUUUAUUAAUCUUUAAUACAGAUGAAUUACAAUUUUAAAAUUAAAGGUAUUUCAUACAAAAAAAGUUUAUUCUGAACGUACUGAUGAUUUGAGGUUAGUGAAACCUGUCUUAAAUCUUGUCUUCCUCCACUUGCAACUGCUUUUUCUGGAAUAAUUCAUAUUCCAAUUAGAUUACAGGCCUUGUGAAAACGUACCUCAAAGGUGCUAGUCCAUUUUAAAAUAAAACAAGUAAAAAGCUAUUGAGAGUACUUCUCACAAGUGAAUAGUGUGUCCGAGAGUGACUGUCAGAGAGCAUGAUUCCUCUCAGAGAGCAGUUCUGUGGGAACUUGCUUUGAAAUUGAGACAUCAUAAUACUAUCAGAGAGCUACUCUCGAAAUACGAACUAGGUUCAGAAGCGAUCGCUGGUGCACAAGUUGAAUUUUUGAAUACAGCAAUCUCUUGAAAAUGACCGCACGAAAGGAAUGGUCAAGAGAGGAGACCUUCAGCCUGAUCAGUAUUUAUAAGAAGAAUUCAAUGCUAUGGAACCUAAAAGACAGCGAAUAUAGAAACAGAGAUAGAAAGAAUAAAACAAUACAUGAAAUAGCAGUAAAAUUUCGAUGUUCAUCGGAGGAGAUACAACGAAAAUUGCAUAAUUUAAGAAACCAGAUGUCACAAGAAUUAAGAAAGAUGAUAAAAAAGAAAGACAGGAAUGGAUCGGCUGAGACAGACGUUUCUAACUGGCCAUACUUUUCUGCUUUAAAGUUUUUAAUUCCUGUACUUUGUACAAAUAUGACGCAGUCCUCACUCGUACAGGCAUCAGCGUCUAUUCUCGAAAGAACCGAGGCAGAGAAAUAUGCAGUCGAUAAGGAUGCAGAAAGCGAAGAGGAAGAGAAGAGAAUACUGCCGACACAGAAAAAGCGUAAACACGAAGAUGAUAAUAUUAGGGAUCAAUUGUUCAAGUUGGCAUUCGAAACGAUUGUAAAACAACCUGACGAUUAUGAUAAAUUUGGACAAUACGUUGCGUUGGAAUUAAAAGCAUUAAAAUCAGACUUUAAUAAAGCUAGAUUAAAAAGUGAAAUACGAAAAAUAAUCGUCCGCAUCGCAGAUGAAGAUCUCUAUGGAACUACUUCAAAUACGUCUUCAUCUAUUUCGGACGUAGAGAUGAUUAUGAAAGCAAGUAUACAUAGCGAAGCAGAACUUCUCUCUCCUCCAAUGCCAAAGAACGACUGAUUUGUUUGAGGUCGAAUUCUACCUUCUUGAACAUCUCUUAAUUAUAGUAUAUGAAACCAUCUUAAAUUGCGGUAACGAAAAUAACAUGGACGCUUCAAUUUGAAGAUCUGUUUGAAUUUUUUAUAAGUGAUUAAAAUAUUGCCUGCUAGAAUUCACCUAUAAGGUUGUAUUAAAUGUUUUCAAUACUAUAAGUAAUUUGCAUUUAGGAUUAUUAGCAUAAUAUAAUUUACUUAUAAAUUAAUUGAAAUGACAACCGCCAACCAUGUGAUAAUCCCAACCAUAACAUGAUUCAUUUUUAAGGUUAUAUAUUAGUUUUUUUUCAAACACUUACCAGUAUUAUCGGCACAAUUUAUAACUGCACCAACUGGUAAACCCAGUGAUAUCCUAAAUUUUGCUCCGGCUGAACCACCACGUCCUUAAAGAAUAAUAAUUUCAUGUUAAUUGUUGCUAUCAGCGGACACGUCCGACACGGUAUUUGUCUCCAAUACAAUCAUCAAUUUUUCCAACUUGCAUCAUUAUUAAACAAAAACUUUUUCCAUUGUUGUCCACCCCAAACAUUUGUUCAACGUUCGCGUAUCUCAUUUCGAAUACAUAACUUAUUUUUACACGGAUUUCUUUAGAUUCCUCGUCAUCUUUGAAAACAACUUACCUCUCUUCGACAUCUUGCUGUGUUUAAAA